AUGUCUGCCCAGGUAAAGGAAAUCCCCACCAAACCCUUCGAGGGACAGAAGCCCGGAACUUCUGGUCUCCGUAAGAGGGUCAAGAUCUUCCAACAGGAGCAUUACACCGAGAACUUCGUUCAAGCCAUCUUCGACGCCGUCCCGCUCUCGGGUGCUACUCUCGUCGUCGGUGGUGACGGUCGCUUCUACUCUCCCGAAGUUGUCCAGAUCAUCGCGAAGAUCGCGUCCGCCAACGGCGUAUCUAAGCUGAUCAUCGGCAAGGACGGUAUUCUCUCCACUCCCGCCGCCUCGAACGUUAUCCGCAAGUACAAGGCCACUGGUGGUAUCCUCCUGACCGCCUCGCACAACCCGGGUGGUCCCAAUGCCGACUUCGGUAUCAAAUACAACAUGGACAACGGUGGCCCUGCACCGGAGGGCGUGACGGAGAAGAUCUUCGCGAAGACCAAGGAGAUCAAGUCGUACAAAGUCAUUGAGCUCCCUCCCAUCGAUAUCUCCAAGAUCGGCGAGACUUCGUAUGGUCCAACCAAAAUAUCCGUCAUCGACUCCGUCUCCGACUACCUCGAGCUUAUGGAGUCCAUCUUCGACUUCCCCUUGAUCAAGAAGUUCCUCACCUCCCACAAGUCGGACUUCCGCGUUCUCUUCGACGGUCUUUCUGGUGUUACUGGCCCAUAUGCGAGAUCCAUCCUCCUCGACACCCUCGGUCUCCCCGAAUCCUCCGUCCAGAAUUGCAUCCCAUCACCAGACUUCAACGGUGGACACCCAGACCCUAACUUGACCUACGCUCACUCUCUCGUUGAGGUCGUCGAGAGGGAAAACAUCCAGUUUGGUGCCGCCAGCGACGGUGACGGUGACCGCAACAUGAUCUACGGAAAGGGCGCCUUCGUCACUCCUUGCGACUCCGUUGCGAUCAUUGCAGACUACGCUGACAGCAUCCCUUACUUCAAGAAGGGAGGCGUCAAGGGUCUUGCUAGGAGUAUGCCGACCAGUGCUGCCAUCGAUGCUGUCGCCAAAGCCAAGGGUUACGAGUACUUCGAGGUCCCAACUGGUUGGAAGUUCUUCGGUAACCUCAUGGAUGCCGGCCGUUUGUCGAUCUGUGGUGAGGAGUCCUUCGGUACUGGCUCUGACCACAUUCGGGAGAAGGACGGUAUCUGGGCUGUUGUCGCCUGGUUGAACAUUAUCGCUGCCGCUAACGAGACAUCCUCCAAACUCGUCGGCAUUCGCGAGAUUCUCGACAAGCACUACCUCAAAUACGGCCGCUCCUUCUUCUCCCGCUACGACUACGAGGAAGUCCCCUCAGAGGGAGCCAAGAAGCUCACCGACCACGUCAACGAGCUUAUCGGCUCGUCCUCUUUCUCUGGCAAGUCCUACACCGCGCCUACCAGCGGCGAGACCUUCGAGGUCGCCAAGGCGUACAACUUCGACUACACCGACCCGAUCGAUAAGAGCGUCAGCAAGAACCAGGGUCAGGUCGUCACUUUCGCCGAUGGGAGCCGUGUCGUGUGGAGGUUGAGCGGUACGGGCAGUCAGGGGGCUACGGUCAGGAUGUACGUGGAGCGUUACCUUGCGAAGGAGGCGGGUGAGAAGGAGCUGGCGAAGCCGACUGCUGAGGGACUCGAGUCGCUCAUCGAGGUUGCGCUCGAGAUCAGCAACUUGAAGCAGUUCUUGGGCGUCGAGAAGCCCACUGUUAUCACGACCCUCCGCCCGCCUACUCCACCCAUCCCUCCCUUCCUCCUCGCCUCCUCCGCCUCUGAGCCACCCUCAGCACCCCCUCCACCGAACGCGCUACAGUAAUUCCACGCGGCCUCAACUUCCCUUGUUUCAACAUGGUUGCAGUAUCGCUCUCCCUCGUUCUUUCUGCUCUUCCUCUCGCGGCCCUGGCUGGCCAUAAGCCAUCCGCACGCCACCAUAAGUCCCGCAUGUCGCACAGGUCGACUCCUACAAAGCGUACUUCCUACACCCUCACCGACAAGUGGCAGGGCCAGUCGUUCUUCGAUGGUUGGUCGUUCUACUCCGACGCGGAUCCCACCAAUGGCUAUGUCACCUUUUUGGACAAAGACGCUGCCACCUCUGCUGGCCUAGCCUACGUUCAAGAUGAUAACACCACGAUCCUGGCAGUCGACAACUACACCACGGUCGCGGAGGGCGGUAACAGGAACUCGGUCCGCAUUAGCACCGACAACACCUACGACUCUGGCCUUUUCAUCGCUGACUUCUGGGCGAUGCCUCACGGAUGCAGCGUUUGGCCCGCUUGGUGGUCUGCAGGGCCCGAUUGGCCCAACAACGGAGAGAUCGAUGUUAUCGAGGGUGUCAACGACCAGACGAAGAACCAGUACACACUCCACUCUAGCUCUGGCUUCUCUCUCGACACGGCCGUUGCCGACUUCACGUCCAGCGUCCUCGGCACGACCUGUGCCUCGAGCGACGGCGACAACUCCGGCUGUGCGUUCGCUGACGAUAACGACAACUCGUUCGGCCAGGGCUUCAACAUGAUCGCUGGUGGAGUGUACGCACACCUUGUCGAUGACGACGGUAUCAAGAUGUGGCAUUUCGCUCGUGGCUCCAUCCCGGACGACAUCACCGAUGGUGCUCCCGACCCCUCUACGUGGCCCACGCCCUCGGCCAACUUCCCCUCGUCCGGUGGUGAUGUUGCCUCUCACUUCAAGGAGCAAGCCUUGACGUUGGAUAUCACUAUCUGCGGUGACUGGGCAGGCAGCUCCUACACCUCGUCCACCUGCCCGGGAACUUGCGCCCAGGCUGUCGCCAACUCGACGAACUUCGACUAUGCGCAAUGGAAGAUCAACUACAUCGCCGUAUACCAAUAGACGAGCUUAGACAAGACCCGACUGUCCUUUCAUUCAGUCCGACUUUCUCGAAGUCCAUUCCUUUUUCUUCAUGACUUCAUGAGUACAUAUUUUAUAUACCACCCGCGUCGUUUGACUACAUCGCACACCCCGCUUCGCACAUCAUUCCAACGAUCUGGUCGAUCCGGAUCUCCCUCUUAUUUAGCUCCUCAGGUUUUUGUUUGCUCUUUGGGUAUUUUGCUCUUAAUAUUCCCAAUUGUUCUGUUCUUUGAAGUCGUCUCGUCAGCUCGCGUUGGUUGAAGGACGCUAGUCACUCCUUUAUCCUGUCCUCUCGUUAUUCUUGUUCGAGUCCCGUCCGUCGUCGUAGUCGUUGUCAUGUUAAGUACAUACACACUGAGCGCUUGAUCACUGCUGCAUAUAUGGCGUACCUACUCGAGUAGUGGUACUGUGUUUCUGGUUUCCCUUGUGCAUACGCUUGACUUUCGGGUCUAGUCGCCUGUGGUAAGGUAAGAUACUGCUCUGUGUACUCCUACAGUACUGUUGUGUGCCAAUUCUACUCCUCGCUGCGGUUCGUUGUAC